UAUUCUUCCAGACACGGUCGCUGGUCGCCAUUUUGAGCAGACCAACCUACCGACACAGAUAGUAAGCUGUUGUUACGCAGCUUAUUUAUAACGUGUUUAGUAUUUUAAUUAUAGUUUCGCUGAUAUAAGAAUCAAUGUCUCGAUUUACCAAUAAUCGCGGCGGCCUUGGGAUGAAUUUCCAGCAACGUAGAGGCGGUGGGCCCGGCGGCCCGAUGCGGGGUGGGUUAAUGGGAAAUCCACAUUUCAGGAGCCAUCCUUUCCAGAAUCAGAACCAAAACCAAAACCGGAGGGGAGGAAAUAAUAACUUCAACAGAGCGCCGAAUCAGGGACCACAGACCCCCCAGAAGCCACCGCAGAACCAGGGAAUUAUCCCUCCGCCAAGUCCUGGCCCGGCUCUCACCAUGAAAGGCCCGGCACAGCAGCAGCAGCAACAACAGCAACAGCAGCAACAACCGGCACAGCAACAGCAGAAACCAACAACCCCUGCGCCUCAGCCGAAGAUUCAGUCGCCCCCGCCGAAACCUAACGUGAGCACACCUCCUCCUAACCAGGCAAACAAGAACCAGAACCAGCAGCUGAAGUCACCGGCAGGAAAUGCUAACGGUCAGCAGCAGAAGCAGCCCCCACACCCGAGCCCGAAGUCGGGCCCCCAACUCGGCCAGAAGACAGGCCCCCACCAAGGCCAGAAGUCAGGUCCCCACCAAGGCCAGAAGACGGGCCCUCACCAAGGCCAGAGGACAGGGCCAUCACCAGCAAGGCCUAGACAGGAGCCAGAGAAAAACAGCGACGCAGCCCCGUCAGAUGCAGCCCCAUCAAAGGAGUUUAAGGCAACGUUGUCCAUGCUGCUGAAACCCGGUGAGAAGACAUACACCCAGCGAUGCCGCCUGUUCAUUGGAAAUCUGCCCAACGACAUUACAGAGGAAGAUUUCAAGAGACUGUUCGCUAAAUAUGGAGAGCCCAGCGAGGUCUUCAUCAACAAAAACAAAGGCUUUGGUUUCAUCCGAUUGGAGUCCCGUGCACUUGCAGAGAUCGCAAAAGCAGAGUUGGAUGACACACCAACAAAAGGCAGACCCCUGCGUGUCAGAUUUGCCACACACUCUGCAGCUUUGUCUGUGAAGAAUCUGUCACCAUUUGUUUCAAACGAGCUCCUGGAAGAAGCUUUCUCGCAGUUUGGAAUGGUUGAGAGGGCCAUUGUCAUUGUGGAUGAUCGCGGGCGCCCCACAGGCAAGGGCAUUGUCGAAUUUGCCUCCAAACCUGCAGCUAGAAAAGCCCUGGAUCGGUGCAAUGAAGGUGUCUUCUUGCUCACCACAUCACCCCGGCCUGUCGUUGUCGAGCCUCUGGAGCAGUUUGAUGAUGAAGAUGGUCUUCCAGAGAAACUGGCACAGAAGAACCCCAGAUAUCAAGCAGAGCGCGAGGAACCUCCCCGUUUUGCCCGCCCUGGCUCUUUUGAAUAUGAGUAUUCUAAACGCUGGAAGUCUCUGGAUGACAUGGAGAAGCAGCAGAGGCAGCAGGUGGAGAAGAACAUGCGCGAGGCCCGUGAGAAGCUGGAGAGUGAGAUGGAGGAUGCGUACCAUGAGCACCAGGCCAACCUGCUCAGACAAGAUCUGCUCAGGCGACAGGAGGAACUGCGGCGCAUGGAGGAGUUGCACAGUCAGGAGAUGCAGAAGAGGAAGGAGAUGCAGCUCAGACAAGAAGAAGAGCGCCGCCGGCGGGAAGAAGAGAUGCUACGCAAGAGGGAGAUGGAAGAGCAGAUGCGCCGCCAGCGUGAGGAGAGCUACAGGAUGGGCAACUUCAUGGAUAGGGAGAGGGAAAUGAGAAUGAGUUCCAGUGGAACUUUGGGCAUGAGUGAUAUGUCCUUUGGUGGGUCCAACCAGAAGUUCCCCAUGGGUGGACUGAGUUUUGAGGGCCAGCAGGGAAUGGGAUCCGCUUCAGGCAGCCUGAUGGGCAAAGAAAUGCGCAAUGAGCGCUUUGCCCAGGGUGGUCCCAGGGGAAUGGGUCCUGGUAGUGCUGGGUACGGCAGGGUCCGUGAGGAGUUUGAUGGCCCUGCUAAGAAACCCCGUUUUUAAAUGCUGCUCUAUGAUCUUCCCAGCAGCACCAUUUGUAUAGAUUGUCCACAACAAACAUGUUGACUCAGAUUUCUUGUAUUUAAGUUUAAAUUGUUGCUACAUUUUAGCCUUACAUUAACCCAUUUUAUGACAAAGUCAAUAUUUUCCUUUUUUAUUUUGUAUUGUCAGUAGCAUAGAAAUAUGGGACACCCUUGAGUGAUCCGUUAGUUCUUUCUGAACGAUGUAUAAUUUUCUUUUCUAGAUGUAUUCUGCUCUGUGAGUCGCCGUGAAGUGAUAACUGUAACAACUUUCUCUACCUUCUAUGGCUGUGUUUUGUGCCAUGCAUUUGGAAUCAAAGCAUGUAUUGAAAUAAAGACACAUUGGUUCUAUCAGGACAAA